AUGCACAGUGCUGCUGUCUCAGCAAAGAAAAACAAGGAGCUGAGAGCUGCAGCUGAGAAGAAAAAGCGCAAGAAGAAGCAAGCCCAUACAUUUAUAGCUCAGAAUGGAGUUCUAACAGCUGAGGAAGGAUUAGCUAGGGCUCAAGCAAUUGAUCAAGCUGUACAGGAGGGGGUAGAGAAUUCGAACCAGCCGCCUAGAAAGCGAGCUCCACCACGCUGCAGCAAGUGUAAUAUAGUUGGUCAUACUGCUAGAACCUGCCAAUAG